AUGAUUGCAAAAGAUAUGGCAAAUCAACAGCUCUCCAGCAUCAUCACGGAGCUAGAGGCUCAACUUCUUGCCGACCCUCAGCUCCCACGACCCAAUCCCACAGAAUCAUUCUGGCAGUUACCGCCCCAUCCUACAUUAUCAAAAGUUCAAUCCAAGGCACUGCCAGCGAGCAUAGACGUCGCCAUCAUCGGCUCUGGUGUGACAGGAUGUAGUGUGGCAAAGAAUUUGCUUGAGCUGACGUCCUCGUCGUCACAACAACUCAGCAUCACGGUCUUCGAGGCUCGGACACUGACAAGUGGUGCCACUGGUCGUAAUGGCGGCUUGCUGUCGACGUUUGUCCCUGGAGACUACAAGACCCUCAGCGACCACUUUGGACAUGAACAGGCCGUUAAGAUCGCACGGUAUGCCAACAGGACGCUUGACAAAAUGUAUGAGCUGGGAAACUCGUCGGAAGAGGCCAAGAAAGCCAGUGAAGUGAGGAAGCUCUUGGAUGUAAUUGGUUUCCAGGACGAGGAGUCGUUUCGUGGGUUCAUUGAGUCUUGCAAGCUCUAUGAAGAACACGUCCCUGAGGAUCACGACAAACAUAGAAUCUUGAGCGCGGCGGAGGUGGAGUCGGAGUACAACAUGCGGGCCGCCGCUGGCGCCGUCGUUUGUCCUAAUGGCGCUUUCUGGCCUUAUCGGCUGAUAACUCAUACUUGGGAGCGGCUACACAAUUUGUACAGUUCGCGAUUCUCCAUCGAAACACAGACACCAGUGACCGAGAUCCUGUACGAUGAUAGCACAAAUCAUACACAUCCUUAUAUCCUUCACACUUCACGAGGUAUUGUUCGAGCUUCACGCGUUGUCCACGCCACCAAUGGAUACACCGGACACCUCCUGCCUCAACUUCGAGGAAAGAUCUAUCCUCUUCGUGGCACGAUGUCUACACAGAAGUCCACACCAGCUUUUGGCCACCACGGUCGAGAGCUAUCGUGGAGUAUGAUCAACAGUGGCCACUUCGACAACGCAACCGGCGUUGUAGAAGCAGGACUGUACUACUCGAAUCAAAAUCCCCACACGAAUGACAUAUUCAUUGGAGGCGAGAAAGCAAAGAUCAACGAGCUGUUCGUCAGCGACGAUUCAGAAGUGGGUGCGCCGUGUGUGGAAAACAUUUCGGGGGUUUUACCUCGAUUCUUUACCAAAGGCUGGGACGAUGGUGCGCAGCCGGAGGUGAUCAAAGUGUGGUCGGGCAUAAUGGGGUUCACUGGAGAUCAUCUUCCAUUGAUUGGAAAGUUGUCCCACAGCAUUACAGGUCGGGGCGAGGAGGAGAACGGCAGUGGUGAGUAUAUCGCGGCGGGCUUCAAUGGCUACGGGAUGCCUCUGUGUUGGUCAUCUGGUGAAGCUGUCGCUAAGAUGAUCCUCGAUAUCGACGUCAGUGACUUUCUGCCCGAGGUCUUUCUGGUGGAUGAGGAGAGGUUGCAAAACCCUGAGCGGAUGUCUACCAGGUCAGCUUUGGGAUCAAUCUUGGGUGGGAGUAAAUAA